AUGGUUUUACACGACUUGGGGUUCUUCAACGAGGAAUUGGGUGUCGUGGCGGUUGAAGUUGAUGGAGGAAUAGUAGGCACUACAGCAUCAAAGAUAUUCUUUGUGAAGAACACAACGUACCAUUUCUGCAUGUAUGCCGCCAAAACAGCCAUACUUUGCUUCUAUACCAGGCAUAUCCCGGAAACAAUGAAGAGGACACGGGUGUGUCUAUGGAUAACCGUCGCCACAGUGGUCCUCGGCUUCGUUGCCAGUAUACUACUCGAUUUACUACUCUACAUUAUGGUAUACAUCCUACCGGUUUCCGCUAUUAGAGUUCUCGUACUCCCAACACCACAAAGGAUUGGAGUCGGUAUCACAUUUGCUCUUGGAUUUCUUUGCAUCGCCUUCGCUGCUACAGUCAUAGUUUUUCGCUAUGUUACCACCUCUGCAACUACAAUUUGGAUAGUUGCGAUAUUUGAACAGACAUUAUGUGUCUGUGUAGCAUGCGCCCCUGCACUAGAGGUUUUAGCGAGAGGAUGCGACAUCAGAAGGUGGAAGGGUCGGAUGAGCUAUAACAGGGGGAAGAAUCAAGACACAGAUAGCGAAGCAGGAACGAUAGAUGCCAGCUCAAGGCCACAAUCAGAUGCUACAAUAUUCGACCAAACACAAAAUCACAAUCUUGAAAGAGCGCCGAAAAGGGUUGAAUCGCUUCUGGGCCAAGAAGAGAUCGAAAAACCUCAUUUAUGCAAACCAACCCACAUUUUACCUAAAAUAUCACCUGUUGCCGCGUAUAACAGACAAAGCCACGACACUGAGUGCCAAUCAAAUAGUCCGAACUCCCCUGGCUAUACGAUGUCGAUUUCGUCGAUCGUUGAUUUCUAUGACUUGGAGAGACAGUUACAGCUGGACGAUGAGAAGAGACAGGCUACAAAUUGUAGUCCCGUGCUAGAACGCGCAAGUAGCGAGUUACACCAGGGCUCAAACCCGCCUCUUCCGAUAAACCUUAUGGAAAAGGAUCUAGAGAGCUCUGGAAGUAGCCAGAGGAUUUCAGAAAACUGGUAA